AAAACCCAGAAGAAGCACAAAGUGAUGUGCAAACAACCCAAGAAGCAGGCCGAACAUCCAAAGUGGACUAUGAUUCAGGCCUCCAUUUGAUUUGCCCUAUUUGAACUACUGUAUCAAUUCAUAAUGGACAAACACUAUAUUACUACCAUUAUCUCAUAUGACCAUUACAUAGCAUUGUUUAUUACUAAUUGUUUUCUUCUGCAGAGGUUGGGAGAUCUCACAAUCAUGUCUCUUCCAAUAACCGAGAAUUUCAAGCUGAAGGUGGAAAAUUAAAUACUCUUCCUUCUCAUUUAUCCAUUGGUGUUCUUCAAGAAAUUGGACGAAGAUGUGGUUCAAAGGUUGAGUUCAGAUCUGUUACAAAUACCAGUAAGGAUUUGCAUUUUUCUGUUGAGGUCAGUGGAAACUAUUUUUCUUGCUGCUCUCUCAUAUAGUUCUCAUAUAUUACUGGAUGGUAUUAGUUAUCCCCACCCAUUUAUAGUUUUCACAUGAAUUGUGAAAAUGCACUGUUGUUUCUAGGAGGACUUUGAGCGAUCAGCAUAAUGUUACUGGAAUAAUUUUUGCUUGCUUUCCCAAUGGGGGUUAGUUGUGCAUGCUUAUUUUAUUAUCUCUCAUAAUGGUACCACUUUCUGUUAAGUAUUUAAUUGUGGAAAGUAUUGAAUCUAUAGUUUCAAGAGCCACUUUAAGGGUCUAUUGGUUUUAAAGCUUAUCCCUUUGCCUUUAUUGUUUCAGGUUUUGUUCAAUUUUGAGAAAAUAGGUGUUGGAAUGGGGAAGACAAGAAAGGAUGCUCAACAACAAGCUGCUGAGCAUGCUCUUCAUAGCUUAGCAGAAAAAUAUGUGGCAUACAUCACGCCUCUUUCUCAAGCUGUGGACAAAGACUUUGAUACAGUUUCCCGUGAAAAUGAAAAUGGAUUUCUGUGGGAUCUCGAAAAUUCUAGACCUGGAUCAAAUGAAGCACUAAGAGAAGAUGGUUUGCCAAAAGAAAAAACUGCAGAGCCUGCCGAUAUAGAACGUGGGAGCACUUCAUCUGCUCGGGUAAACCAGCAAGCACAAAACGGUGUUAAUUCACCGAGGUAAAUUUUCAUCCCUGCAUCAGCCUUUGGUUGGAAGAACCUCAUCAUGGAUCACGCAGUUUAUCAUCUUUUGAGGCUACAGAAAAGUGGGCAUUCCGUUGUUUCAUGAAAAAGCAGUUCGAAUUGGAAGUGUCCUUGGGGGAGGUUCUUGAGAGCCUCAAGUUAAGCAUCUUAUGCAGGCAGCUGCUCAUGACUCCUAGUACCGCUUGAGUUGGAGAAUGCAGGGCGAAUGGCGACUCUUCAAUUUUUUUUCUCUUAAUGCAAGGCCAAUAGCACUUUUCAGUUUUGUUUCUCCUACGGAAAUACAGGCAUUCAUUUUUCUUCAUGUUGCCUGGUUUCCUGUCCAUCAAUUUAGUGGAUGUCCAGGCGGAGCUUGCUACAGCAGCAUUUCUAGCUUAUAGAUAUCGUUCUUUGUAUGAUUUUACAGCCCUCUGCUGAUCCAUUGAUGAUUCUGUAUGCCAGCAUUUGAAUACAACGCAUGCAUAUAUACGCCAUAAGCAUGCGUAAUGAACCAAUUUUCUUUAGAUGCAACAAAACCACCCUUUCUUC